AUAGAAGCCCCCAGUUCUAAUGGCAGUUAAUAUGACCCCGGUCUGUCGCGUUCCCAGGCCUGACCCAGACAUGACCUGCCUCCCCCGUAGCCACACGUACUGAUCACCCCACAAACAGAGACUAAGAGUAAACAGAACAAACAGUACCUUAUCAAAACAGUAGCUAGACCUUGUUCCGGUUACCUGGUUACCCUGGCUGGCUACCUGACACCUGGUGUAGGCCGGGCGUCGCGGUGGACUGGCGGGGGCGAGGGAGGCGGUGCUGUAGGGAGUGAGUGAUGGAGACACAGAGGUGAGGAAAGGCCCGCUCCGCUAGAUCGAGUGGCGUCCCAUUCCCGAGUAGUGCUUAUGCGGGAGAAAUAGAUAAAGGAAGCUGACCAAUUGUGCACCAAGGGAGGAAGCGACAAGAGCAUUGACUGUCUUAUUCCGAGGCCAAGAGAUCCUCAAGAGAAGCAAGUGUGAAAAUCUGGUAAUAAGGCAUUGAGAGAUACACACACUCGCACACUCACUCACUCAUCCACACGUACAGUCAAAUUCAGCCUCAGUCUUUCGGUAAAUACACUUCAUAUCUUAAAUUUUGCUCCUCUGUGGUAAUUUUUUUUUCCUCUCAUUUUCUCAUUCUUCAUCGCCACGGACACGGAAAAUAACAUUCACUCCCAAAUUCUCUGUUAAGUUCAUUGUCUUUUGACAGAAUCUUUACGAAAUUUUAUUCACUCUAAACUACAGACGCCACACAUACAAAAUUGAAUACAUAAUACAACAACAUAAGGUUUUUGUUUCACUGUAUUUCCCCCCACCACCUCCCCCAUAAUAAUAAUAAUAAUAAUAAUAAUAAUAAUAAGAAUAAUAAUAAUAAUAAUAAUAAUAAUAACAAGUGUAAUUUGAUAUCAGAAGGUUUCUCUCAUUAUUCCUCAUUAUUUUAUGCUGGUGAUGAAUUAAUCUUUAGCCUCAUUUCCCCCCUUCCCCCUUCAUCACCACGAGCCGGUUUGAGUAAUCUUGCUUCAUCACUCACUCACUCAGUCACUCACUCAGUCACUCACUCACUCACUCACUCACACCGAAAGGGAUGGUUUAUCUCAGGGUAUUAAUGCCACCCGCCUGCUCACCUGCCCCCCUCACCUCCCGUCAGUCACUAUGUUAACCACACCUCCAACACACCACCACCACCACCACCACCUCCACCUCCUCCUCCUCCACCUCCACCUCCACCAAUCACACCACCCCCACCACCAGCACACGUUACCACACCACAACCACCACUUUCAUCAUCACCAUCAUCACCAUCACUACCACCAGAAACCGCACCACCCACCUCACCACCACCACCACCACCACAUCUACCACCACCACCACCACGUCAUCACUCCCUCACCACCACACGACCCGUAAGAGCACCACCUCAAUACACCACACACUCACUACUUCUCCUAGCACCCUCUCUCUCAGUCAUCUGUCUGAGCAUCUUUCCUAGUGCAAGUGAGUCAACCCAAUACAUCAGUCUAUAUGAAAAAGGUAUGCGUGGUAUUUCACCUUAGGGCACCGUGCAUGGAGUACCACACGACAAGAAAAUCCUCUUCGUGCUACGAACUUCACGUGAUGUUUCCUAACCCGGAGGGGCCUGGAUGUUGCGCUAUAAUUCUCACCAUCGUCUCUUAUCUCCUUAUCAUCGCCACCUUCCCCUUCUCACUAUGCAUGUGCAUCAAGGUCGUUCAGGAGUACGAGAGGGCCGUCAUCUUCCGCCUCGGUCGUCUCCUAAAGGGCGGCGCAAAAGGCCCGGGUAUCUUCUUCGUCGUCCCUUGCAUCGACUCCUACAGGAAGGUCGAUCUUCGAACUGUCUCCUUCGACGUCCCGCCGCAAGAGGUGUUAUCCAAGGACUCAGUAACGGUGUCCGUGGAUGCAGUGGUGUACUACCGAGUGUCCAACCCUAUGGCUGCCGUGUGUAACAUCUCCGAUUUCAGCCACUCCACCCGCUUGCUGGCCGCAACCACCUUACGGAAUGUCUUGGGAACGAAAAAUUUGGCGGAGAUUUUGAGCGAGAGGGAGAGCAUUUCUCACAACAUGCAGAGCUCCUUAGACGAAGCAACGGACCCUUGGGGCGUCAAAGUGGAGAGAGUAGAGAUCAAGGACGUGAGGCUGCCAGUCCAACUGCAACGAGCCAUGGCAGCCGAGGCCGAAGCAGCGCGAGAGGCACGAGCCAAGGUGAUCGCCGCUGAGGGUGAACAGCGAGCCUCCAGAGCACUCAAGGAGGCCGCAGAGGUCAUCAACGAGUCCCCAGCAGCUCUCCAGCUGCGCUACUUGCAAACGCUCAGUCAAAUAUCGGCAGAGAAGAAUUCGACCAUCAUAUUCCCUCUUCCAAUUGACUUAAUCAACAAUCUUGUUUCAAAGUAGGAAAGCUCCGCUAUCUGCAAACCCUCAACACUGUCUCUGCAGAAAAGAACUCGACUAUCAUCUUCCCAGUCCCUAUUGAUUUCAUCCAGCACUACAUGAGGAAGUAGUUCAUCUAGUCCUGCAAGCAGCAUCAUGGAUUACAAUAGAUUACUUUGUUUUGACUCCUUAGGACAGUGAGCUCAAAAGUUAGCUAAGCAUCACUUUUCUUUCUCACAGGAUAAAGGCAGAAUUUCAACAGCCAGAUCUUGAACAUAAAGAAAGUAUUUUGUAAGGGAGUAACUUUUGCCUUAAACUCAUGACUGACAAUUCCAUGAAUCUUGAGGGAAAUCAGUUCUUGAAAAAUGAAUUUUAGUGUAUAUAAUUAGAUUUUUAAAUAGUUAGGUAUUCCAUAUAUUAUCUUGCUAUGAAAAGUGUUUGAAUAGAUAUGUUAGGAAAUGGUUAUCUGUAGAUUUUAUUAUCAUUUCUGAGUUGCUAGUUGUAAACAGCAUUCAGUUAAAUAAGGGCAUAAAGGAAAUUAUUUUGGAGAAGAUAUCUUUAAUUGAAAGCAAUAUGCAAAAAAAAAAAAGAAUAUUUUCAUAUACAUACAUAAAUACAGCAGUUGUCAUUGAGAUUGGAGGAAUUACUUUCAUAGUAGGAGAAUAGUCAUGAUUUUUAAUUAAGAAUACUCUUUGUUCUCAUCAUUUUUGGAAAACCUAGGCAUUGAAUUCCCAUUAGUUAUUACCCAAGUGUGUGUAUUCCUCAAUAAAUUUGGUCCAUGUUUUUAUCAGAGAAAAUUUUGAUUUGUUACUCUCAUAUAACAUAGUAACUGAUUGAUAACUUGUUGGUUCUUGAUCAAUUAUCAUUUGUGAUGAUUUUUAUUGCUAAAAUUGCACCUAAUAACAGGUAAAGACACAAUGGACCACUUACUGCAAAAUGCUAUUAACUUUUAAGGAAGUGUGAGAGUGGCAGCACCACACACUCUGACUCAGUGCUUGAACAAUGGACAGAAAGUUCAACGAUGCCAGAUAAUUUUGAGAAGUCUUCAGUGCUUUCUUAUCUUCUUCAAACACUGGAUCAGAAAAGUUUGAUUACCAGACAGAUUAUGAAGAUAGGUUUUGUAUAGAGAAUACAGAUCAUUCUAGCAGUCUAGGAGAUCUCUGGAGAGACUUACUAUGACUGUUAUUGGAAUUACAAUAGAAGAUGAGGUUGCAGAGUCUUGGUCAACCUUCAUGGAACGACGGAAACUGUUUCAUACAAUUCUUUCUUGUAAAGAAAGAAAUAUCUUUAUAUAUCAUGAAAAUGUAGAAGUAACCCCACCUAUGUAUAAAUGUUUCAUAACAUUGGCCCUCCAUCAAUGUAGAGAAAUUAAUAUUCAUAUGCUUAUUAGACUCAGAGAUUUAUAUUACCCACAGUUAUAGGUAUAAUUCUUAUUUACUUGAACUAGUUAUGAAAUUGAUUAUGCAUAUUAUGUUAAGUUCAAAGAAUAUUGGAAUACCUGCACUCCAUAUUAGCCUUAGUAGAAUAGACUAUCUUAAGUCAUUUGCAGAAGUGUGUGUGUCUGUUCUCCCCAAUGAUUUCCUUGUGAUUCAAUUGCUCCUUUCUUGACUAAUAUUGCCCCAAGUAAAAAAUAUUAGUCACAGAAAUGGAUCAUCCUGAUGAAGACGGGGAAGUCAUGGCCAGUAGGCACCCACAGGAACUGCAAUGCAUGUCACUGCGUGGAGAUGCACUGCCGUGUUGGGCUGCAGGGACGCCCACAGCCCCACCACAGUCUGGUCCUCUUGGUUUGCUCCUUCACUCUCCUUCAUGUUGUGUUUUCAGUCAAUUUUUUCAUUGGAUUCAGAUUAAUUUAGAUUCUUACUUGAAUAACAGUGUUUUAUUGUUAUUCAUUAACCUUUGUGUGGAUAUAAUUUACAGCAACUGUUUGUAGUCACCAUAAUUUAUAUUACAAAGAGUACCGGAUUUAGCACAUGUAUGUAAUAUCUUUUGUGUCUGUAUUUGCUUUGAGCAAACUAAGCACAAGUUAACUAGGUACUGGGAAUGGCCUGAAGGAAAACUCUGAUGGUUGAAACAUACAGUUUGAUUAUGGCCUUUUUGUGUGGUAAAUAUUUUUGUAUAUCACCCUGGAAUGGAAUGGCUGUUGUUGCGACAAAUGUUCUGGCAUCCCAGGCACCUCCUCCUCACGCUUGCCACUGGCAUGGGGCUGUGGAAGCCGCGUCCUUCUAGUGUUGUGCAGUGCAUCCCAAGUUUGUUUUCUGGCAUUUGUAAAUCAUAACAUAUAAUUUUAAGAUUAUGCAGCACAUUAUAUUCAAUUGAUUUUUAACACAACAUGCAUAUAUUUUACAGAUAUAGAUUGACAAGAAGAAAAGAAAGUUUUAGAACUUAUCUUGUUCCAUAUUUUGUCUUUGUAAUCUUAGAGAGUAAAGUACACAAAAUGAAAUAAACAUUGUCUUUAGAGUAGAUUUCAAUCUUUACAUUCUCCAAAAAGAAUUCAAUUUUCCAUUUCUUGUGUGCUACUUGGAGAUGAAGCAAAGUAUUUUACUCUGUAAAUGAAGUUUGAAAGAACAUAUCUUCAUAAUUGUACAUAGCAUAUUUGUAAUUACAACAAAUGCAAUAUCUUUGGAAAAGGUUAUCAAAAGUUUUGACCAGUAAUUUUCUCUCUCUCAGACUACAUUGGCCUCUGUUCGCCAACAUAAAUGUGUUUGGAUCAAGUGAUAUUUAUAUUGCACCUCUGUAUUCACGGUCUGCAGCAUGUUAUUAGAUUACUUGUGAUAAGAUUAUUCUGAUUUAAGUCCAGAUAUGCAUUUCAUUGUAGUUUCUAUGUGAAAUAUCUUGAUCUUUCACAUCGACUUGAAAUGAUAUCUUGAGCCAAAAUUGAAAGGUUUCAAAAAUUUGCUACACAACCUUAUGCCCAGACAGAAACUGAGUGUAGGGGAGAACCAUGGAAGAAAAAAUAAAUCUUUAGACUUGUAAUAAAUGACUUCAGAAAAACCAGACGUCAAGUGUAGCGCAAAACUUAUAUAGAUUAUGACAAGUCAGUCUUGAUAGGAAUGCACAGGAAUGGUUUUUCUGGGGUAACAUGCUUACAUGUGUGUUACCAUCCAUUAAUGUUAAAUCAUGUUUCUUUUAUACAGAAUAAGAAUAAAUUUUACUUCAUCA